AUGGAAAGAUGCCACGCACAACCAUCCGAACGCAGAUCUGAUAUCGUCGAUACCCCGCGAGCAACACUUCCCGCCGCUGCGAUUUCGUGUCACACCGUCAUGAGAGUUCUGAAGAAACCCAACAUUAAACUGGACAUUAUUGAAGUGAUUUUUUCACUCACUCAAUAUACCAAGGUGCAACCUUCUGUAGCAAUAAUUUGCGCAUUAAGUGAUUUAAUGAGACAUUUGCGGAAGAGCAUACAAUAUUCCCUUGAUAAUUCAAAUCUGGGCACCGAAACAAUAAAUUGGAACAAAAAAUUUGGAGAAGCGGUCAACAGGUGCCUUGUACAGUUAUCAAUUAAGAUAUAUCAAAAUAGAAGUCAACUAAGAGGCUGA